UAUUCAUUUAUUUAAAAGAAAUUAAAAUAACUCCCGACUUCUUAUUUAAUGAGUGAUCUUUUAGUUCGUUAGUUCAGUGAUUGGUAUCGCAGAAUGGAAGCUGAUUCAACUACUUUGGACACCAGUCCGAAGGAUUCAAGUUUUGAGCCAGUUUUCCCUUUCCCCAUUAGCCCAGGGAACAACCAGCUCUACAGCACUUUUUCAACGCACAGUGGUGAAAGGAGUCUCGAGUGGCAGAUUAUUGAGAAGCUGCAAGCACAUAGACUUCUGCCCAAAACAGUGAAGUGCCCCACAGGGAAGGCAGAGUGCAGAGUGGUGUGCAAAAACGCCAGAGUUAUUGAUAGAGUCCAAUGGGUGUGUGAGGCAUGUGGGACUCGGCAGCCGGUGCGCCUUGGCUCAUUCUUCAUGAAGCUGCAGUGCUCCCUGCUGCAAGCUCUGCAAAUCAUCCUGGCGUGGAGCGAGGAUGCUGACAUCACGCAGGCUGCACAGCACUUUGGAGUGAAAGAUCGCGUAGCAAUCGCCAUCUACAACAAAAUGGAUGACCUGGCCAUCAAGGCGCAGAUGAAGGACCUGCUGGGCGGCGAGAACAGUGUGGUGCUCGCUGAGAUGUACCCGGACUGCGUCAACAGGUUGUCUCCUGACACCACAGACACGCCACAUGUUCAUAGGAUACUUAUGCUGGCAGACACUAAUCACAUACCUACUCGUUACUGGCUGCACGUCGUAAAAGAGGACAAUAAGAAAACACCAGCAAAUAGGUCAUUGGAUUCAGAGCAUCUGAGAGCAAUAGUAGAAGAGGUGGUGAAAAAGGCCACGCUACCCAAUUCAAUAAUAGUGACCGGGAACAGUGUACCCGCGAUAGAGGGCGCCUCCUCCUUACAACAGCUGCUGCAGCACUGCGAUGCCGAUAUGCAACAUUUUCUGACGUCACGCAUUUGGCGCGGCGCGGUGACGCUGAUGGCUGCGGCCCGCGAGCUGUGCGCGGGCGCCGGCGCGGGAGCGGGCGCGGCGUGGUGCGCGGGCGCGGCGCAGCGCUACGUGCGCGCGGCGCUGUACCGCGGCGCGCGCGCAGACCUGUUCGCGCACGCGCUGCAGCUUAUCGCCGAUGACACAGAACACAAGUUGGAAUGAUACAUUAGUGCCGGC